UUAUAUGUUCCGUUGUACAGAAGAUCUUUUCUAACCGGGGACGUUUACGCGUUAUCUCUCCGUUCAUGUUAACAAUCUCCAUCCCCAUUUCUCCGAUAUAAAACCCUAGGACACUAACUCUCCACCCAUUAGAUCAAAUCUCUACCAAAUCAUACGCUCAGGUUGGGUGUCACUAUGGGAGGCGGUUUUAGAGUGUUACAUCUGGUUAGACCAUUUCUUGCAUUCUUGCCAGAAGUCCAAAGCGCAGAUAGGAAAGUUCCCUUCAGAGAGAAAGUCAUAUACACUGUGAUCUCUCUUUUCAUCUUCCUGGUGUGCAGUCAGCUUCCUCUGUAUGGCAUCCAUUCAACAACUGGUGCAGACCCUUUUUACUGGAUGCGUGUUAUUCUGGCUUCCAACCGUGGGACUGUGAUGGAGUUGGGUAUCACUCCCAUUGUGACUUCUGGACUUGUCAUGCAGCUAUUGGCUGGGUCAAAGAUUAUCGAAGUGGACAACAAUGUUCGUGAGGAUCGUGCACUAUUGAAUGGUGCUCAGAAGUUGCUGGGAAUCUUGAUUGCGGUUGGUGAGGCUGUGGCUUAUGUUCUAUCAGGAAUGUAUGGCAGUGUUGGUCAACUUGGUGUUGGGAAUGCUAUUCUGAUCAUUGUUCAGCUAUGUUUUGCUGGGAUCAUUGUCAUAUGUUUAGAUGAACUCCUCCAGAAAGGAUAUGGCCUUGGUUCUGGAAUUUCAUUGUUCAUAGCCACUAAUAUCUGUGAAAGUAUCAUCUGGAAAGCAUUUAGCCCAACAACCAUAAACAGUGGACGUGGUGCUGAAUUUGAGGGUGCAGUUAUUGCACUAUUCCAUCUUUUGAUUACUCGGUCAGAUAAAGUUCGGGCACUCCGGGAAGCUUUCUACCGACAAAAUCUUCCAAAUGUGACAAAUCUACUGGCUACUGUUUUAAUCUUCCUGAUUGUCAUCUACUUCCAAGGCUUCCGGGUAGUCUUGCCUGUGAGGUCCAAGAAUGCCCGUGGUCAACAAGGCUCUUAUCCCAUCAAGCUCUUCUACACUUCCAACAUGCCAAUCAUUCUUCAAUCCGCACUUGUUUCCAACCUUUAUUUCAUCUCUCAGUUGCUACACAGAAAAUACAGUGGAAAUUUCUUGGUUGAUCUAUUGGGAAAGUGGAAGGAGUCUGAAUACUCUGGCCAGUCUGUCCCUGUUGGCGGCAUUGCUUACUAUGUCACUGCACCUUCAAGUUUGGCGGAUAUGGCAGCAAAUCCAUUCCAUGCUCUUUUCUACUUGGUGUUCAUGCUGACAGCUUGUGCACUUUUCUCAAAAACUUGGAUUGAAGUUUCCGGAUCAUCUGCUAGAGAUGUGGCCAAGCAACUGAAGGAGCAACAAAUGGUGAUGCCUGGGCAUCGGGAUUCGAACCUACAGAAGGAGCUGAACAGGUACAUUCCAACAGCAGCUGCAUUCGGAGGAAUGUGCAUCGGGGCGUUGACUGUUUUGGCAGAUUUCAUGGGAGCCAUUGGUUCAGGCACUGGGAUUUUGCUUGCAGUCACAAUCAUCUACCAAUACUUUGAGACUUUUGAGAAGGAGAAAGCAAGUGAACUUGGUCUCUUUGGCUUUUAACUCUUCUUGUCUUUAGAUAUAUCAUCAUAUGCCUUCCUCCUCUCCUCUCAUCUCCUCUCUCUUUAGACAAUUUUGUUUUUUUGUAGAAGAAGAAUUUAACUUUACAAUCUCAAUCUUAUUUCUUCUCACGCCAAUACCAUUAUAGCUUUUAUGUA